AUGGCGGAGGAAACAAUUAUGUCUAUAAAUGAUCAGGCAAUUAAAAUUGAACCACCAGAAUAUUCACCAGAAGACAUUAAACUUGAAAUGGAGGAUGAAUUUGAUAAUCCUGACGUUACUGUUAAAUCUGAAUCGUGUUCUGAAGAUGAUGACACGUGUUUGGAAAGAUUUAUGAAUUCCGAGGUGACAAUUGAAGAAGAAGUCAAACAUGAGUUAGCCGAGUCAUCAACUUAUGAAUGUGACAUUUGCAAUAGAACAUUUGCAGAAUCAGACGAUUUAAAAAAGCACAUGGCCGAUCAUAUUCCUAGUAAUAGCAAAGAAUGUUCUUUCAAAUGCGAAGUCUGUUACAAGGCUUUUAAUCGAUUAAGUAAUCUGAAAAGGCACAUGCUCAUUCACAGUGGUAAGCGCGCGCUUGAAUGCAAUAUAUGCAAUAAGACAUUCACAAAAUCAAGUAGUCUGAAAACUCACAUGCUUAUUCACAGUGAUAACAUAAAACAGCCUCAAUUUUAUAUACCUCAAAUAAACAUUUCUAAAUCAAUUUCGGUAUCAAAUCAUGAAUCUAACUUAGAAGCUCAAGUAGAUAUAUCUUCAGAAAUACGCAAACCAUCAUACGACGAUAAACAAUACUUUACUGAAACGGAAAAACAACGCGAAGAGCAUUCUAUUACUAAUACAACUAAGACUAUUGACGGAAGUUUUGGUACUAUAAUUCAAUUUGCAAAAAAUAUCAAAGACAUAGGAUAUAGUAGACAAGAAACAUUAAAACGUCAUAUUUUAUUUGCAAACAGAAACCAAUUCACCGAAUAUGAUAACCUCAUAAAAGCAAGCAUACCUAAAAUAAGUUUAUACUCACCUCAUCCAGACGUGUUAAAGUCAAUCAAUUUAACAACUAAUUUUCGCGUAAUUUUGGAAGCACCUUUUCGGAAGAAUUCAGACACAGAUCGGAACAUAGUUGAAUAUUGCUUAAGCUUCAAUACAAAAGAUCCUGAUCACUUCCAUAUUCAUAAAUCUUAA